UUAGCUCAUUUUCAUAACGCACAUAUAAUAGGACGACAUUGAAAUCGUUAGUGAGAGCACGCACUAUCAUUUGUACCAAAUUUGUAUUUUCUUUCAUUAACAUUUCAUUCGAAAUUCAUUUGUUAAAUUUCACAAAACGAUUAAAAUGUCGCAUGACCAAGGGAUUCAUCCACCAUCAAAAUUUCGUUGGGGCCAAAGACAAUUAGACGCCAUGGAAAGAAUAGUAAUGGAACAAAGCUACAAAAAAGAUAAAUAUCUGCGUGAUGAACAGUUGUCUAUGCUGUGUAAUAAAUUGGAUUUAUCGAAAUCUUUUGUGAAAAGUUGGUUUGCAGCACGACGUGGUAAAGAUGUAAAAAGAGAAAGACAAUAUCGGCAAUCUCAAAUUCCAGUACAUCUGAGGACAAAUUCUAUUUUGGAGAGGAUCCCAGAGCCAAUGGUGGAAGUAGAUGAAUGUUCAAGGUUGAUGCCAUUUCAAUUAUGCUCACGGACAAUACCAAUCGAUCCAAAAUAUCCAACUAAACCGAAUUUAAACGAUAAGUAUCGUGCACAUAAGCAAGUGAAUACAACGUUACCAGCGACGCCUGCAGUGAUAGACAAUUGCACAAAUAACUCGACAGCAAAUCAUCAAAUAUCAGUUAAUAAUCACAAAACCCCAAUUCAACAAAGACAGACUAUCAAAUUUUUUCGACCGUUCGAAGACCCACCAACCAUUGAACGUCCACUGCUCAAUGCCAAUGCUUCAAAUCGAAAUAUAUUAACCGCCGAAGAUGAUGAUGAUAUUGAUGUUGGCGCCGCUGGAGAGGAAAUAAUGACAGACGAAGAAUUUUAUGCUGAAAUGGAAAAAUAUUAUAGGGAAAAUAUGCAAUACCCUGAUAGAGCCAAAAAGGCUUGGUUAGAAGAAUGCGCUAGAGUGUACGGAAAAUAAUUGUUUAUUUUUUCCAUAUUUUUGGUUAGGUUAAUUGAAAAAUCACAUUUCAUUUAAAUGAGCAUUUGACAACGUUUAACAAUUAUUCCAUAUUGCCAAUGAAAUUGUAUUCAUUUUCCUCUUAUUAUUUGAUAGCAUUUGAAUAGUUUCCGUUUUCAUUCUCUGAAUAUACUCAAAAUAAAAAGAUGCAUUCAGUCGUAUCAAAUUCAGAUGUUGUGCAAAAGAUUUUCUUUGUUCAUUUUAUUGGAAUCAAGCACCGAACACAAACCUUAUAAUAUACAAGAUAUUUUCAAGCUUGACAUUCAAGUUGACGCAUCAAAUUUGAGAGGUUCCGUAAGCACCUUACACGUAUUCACUUUUAACAGAAUAUUCAUGGUGAGGUAAUAUCUGAAACAGAACAUAAAACCAACUACCAAAAAUAAAAGACCUGAUUUGCUUGAAAAGUUAUUUAUAUAUGUAUUUUAACCACAAGG